AAGUAUUCUCCCAGUCAGAGUUGCCGAGUGUCUCUCGUCGUCCCGCUCACUUUACCACAGUCGGGAUAAUCUGCACCAAGGUGGACCUUGAAUCUACACGGCCAGUCAUCAGUCUCCUGUUGUGUUUGCUGCUUCCUCUGUUCCUGUUCCUGCUUCUUUGAUUGUAGCAUCUUCCACUAAACAUGUUCACCAGCGUCAUUGAAUCACUGAAAUGCUCCGUUCCACAAGAACUUCAGGCAGGAGUCUUAGAAACAUGUCGGUCUUUCGAAGAGAGAGAGAGAGCGCGGCAGAAGAGAGGAAGAAACCCCAAGACAUCUUCGAAUGAAUUUCAAGAUUCUGCCUCAGGCGCUGAAGGUAAGGACGCCAUGGUAGAGGAAUCCUUCAAUGUCCCAGUCGCGAUAGCCGAAGUCAUGAUGCAACUGUGGUCGGGCAAGAUGUACAGGUACGUCGAAAACCUCAUUUUGACCAAAGCCAUCAGAGAAGGAUAUUUUGAAAGUGGACAGAGAGCCUUCGUGCAUGCCCUCGAUGGUGACUUGGAAGAGCAAGAGGAGGAAAAGGGACGUCACCCGGAUUGGGUUAUCAGAAACCAAGACGAGACGAUCAUUCGUCUCGUCUGGGAGAUGUUCAACAUGAAGCAGCACUUCGACGAGGUUCGGAAUCAUCGCCACUGGAUCAAGAAAACCUACUCCAGGCUGAAGGGCUUCCUUCCCGAGCUUUCCCCUGAGACUAUUGACAGACACGACCUGACUAAGUACGCCUUCAGCCAAGCCAUAGGAUACACCCUCAAAUGGGUCCAUGGAAUCAGUCAUCCGAUUUGGCACGCCGCAUGCACAUUGCACAUCUAUAACGAACCACAUCACAAAGAAAUGUGGUCUGAGAGAGACACGACGAAACAGAAGCGUAACAAACUGGAAACGUGGCUUUGGGCUGGUUCUCCCUUGAGUCAGGAUUGUUGUCACGAUGGAGAAGGAGUCCUUCCCGUCGACUGCCAGGGACAGCAGCAGCAGCAGAAGCAGCAGUUCCCUGUGUCCUUUCUACUCGAGUCAGUCGUUGACAUGGCGGCGGUUGAAUGGGAGAGAAAGAAGGGCUGUAGAGAGGACAUUACAGAAGCGGAAUUGGUGACACUUGAAGAGAAGUACCUGAAGAGUUACGACAAAGACCAGUAUGAUAUCAUAACAAAUACAAUUCAUAGCAUUAAGACAUCAUCGGGAUCUUAGCUGGCCCUUACCAGCAGCACCGGGUCUCAUGAGAUUUUUUGUCUUUAGCACGUCGUCAUCUGUAAGAGUCAGCAUCUGGCAAACCAAAGCUUGUGUUUGGAUCUCGAAAUGAACGUUUGGAUAAAAGCUUUAAUUAGCAUUUUAGGACAGUUGUCUCGGUACCUGAUCGCUACAUGAUCUGUCGACUCGACGCUCACUAUAGCGAUUGUAGUUAUGAAUAGGUUUAUAUAUGUAUAUAUAUAUAU